AUGACCGUUCGUGUAGCACUCCAGUCGAUAGAGAAGGCAUCGCUUCUUCUUGACAACGAACAGCGGUACGGGUCCGUCGGUCGUGGAGCCCUUAUUUACAUUGCAUUUAUCGGCGCCGUGAGUGAAGACGCACUGAAAAAUGCUGUGGAUGUUAUUCUUACAGCAAACGUUUUCCAUAACUUGUCGUCAUCUGAUGCGCUGCCACGAUCUUCCGACUCUUUAAGCAGCUUCCCCUCAGCUGAUGUGCUUAUCGUACCACAGGCGUCACUUGGGGGAAAAUUGAAGGGUCGGAAUGUGCAGUUUCAUGCGUUGGUGGGGAAAAGUGAAGGGGAGUUACUCUACAACCAGUUUUGUCAGCUCAUGAGGAAGGCGCGUGGGGUUGACUCAACUACUGUUGACUCAAAUGGGGUUCCGCUGGUCGGAUCGGCGGUAGGUUCAAGUGCGCGGGUUAUUAAUGGCACGUGGGGUAACCGGCAGGGGCUGAGGUUGGAGUCGCAAGGACCUCUCACACAUGUUUUAGACUUGUGA